CUUCCGGUAACCCCGCCUAUGGAAUCUCUUCUUCCUCUUUCCACCGGUGCUCUACAGCGUCGUGUGCUUUCUUCGCCGUUGCGGUUUGGUGUGCAGCACGGGAUGUAACCCCCACCUCUCCAAAAGCUCAUUCGAAAACCUCCAUAAACGGUAACGUAGGCAGCGGCUAGCGUGGAAAACCGAGGAAACGCACACCAGCACGGAGCGGAGGGAGCCACGGUAGUUUUGGCUGGAGGGGAUCUCUAGCAAACCUACUGACACCGCACGCAGAAAUGGCGGAGCACCACGCAGUCAGCGACGGCAAACACAAAGCGGCCGCUCAUACCGGCGCCGCGGGUGCAGCGGGCGGCAAAGGAGGCCUGUCGGGUGGACUGACCCAGCCAGCGGGGUGGCAGUCCUUACUCUCAUUCAGCAUUCUUUUUCUGGCCUGCCUGGCCGGAUUCAGCUCCAGACUUUUCGCAGUCAUUCGCUUCGAGAGCAUUAUCCACGAGUUCGAUCCAUGGUUCAACUACCGAUCAACACAUCAUCUCACAACCAAUGGUUUCUAUGAAUUUCUUAACUGGUUUGAUGAAAGAGCAUGGUACCCCUUGGGACGGAUUGUUGGUGGCACAGUAUAUCCAGGAUUAAUGGUGACUGCAGGACUCAUCCACUAUGUGCUCAACUUGCUUCACAUCACUGUCCACAUUCGUGAUGUAUGUGUCUUUCUGGCGCCGGUAUUCAGUGGUCUCACGGCCAUCUCCACGUUCUUGCUGACGCGGGAGCUGUGGAACCAGGGUGCAGGGCUGCUGGCGGCCUGCUUCAUUGCAAUUGUCCCUGGCUACAUCUCACGCUCCGUUGCUGGCUCAUUUGACAAUGAGGGUAUUGCUAUCUUUGCCCUGCAGUUCACCUACUAUCUAUGGGUGAAAUCUGUGAAGACUGGCUCAGUAUUUUGGACUAUAGGCUGUUGUCUCUGUUAUUUUUAUAUGGUAUCAGCAUGGGGAGGCUAUGUGUUUAUAAUCAAUCUUAUUCCCCUCCAUGUGUUUGUGCUGCUGCUGAUGCAACGCUACAGCCGACGAGUCUACAUUGCUUACAGCACAUUCUACAUUGUUGGUCUUGUACUAUCAAUGCAGAUCCCUUUUGUCGGCUUCCAGCCAAUUAGGACCAGUGAGCAUAUGGCUGCGGCUGGUGUGUUUGCGCUACUUCAAGCAUAUGCCUUCCUGCAGUACUUGAGAGACAGAUUGACCAGGCAAGAGUUUCAGACACUCUUCUUCCUCGGUGUUUCUCUCGCUGCUGGCGUAGUUUUCCUCACCGUGAUCUAUCUCACAUACACAGGAUACAUUGCUCCAUGGAGUGGCCGUUUCUACUCUCUCUGGGACACUGGCUAUGCCAAGAUCCACAUCCCCAUCAUAGCGUCUGUGUCAGAGCACCAACCGACGACGUGGGUCUCCUUCUUUUUCGACCUUCACAUUCUUGUGUGCACAUUCCCGGCAGGCCUGUGGUUCUGCAUCAAGAACAUAAAUGACGAGCGAGUGUUUGUGGCCCUGUAUGCCAUAAGUGCAGUUUACUUUGCUGGUGUGAUGGUGCGUCUCAUGCUGACACUUACACCGGUGGUGUGUAUGCUGUCAGCCGUGGCCUUCUCCAGUGUCUUCGAACACUACAUGGGUGAUGACACCAAGCGGGAGAAACCCCCCGCUGAAGACAGCAGUGAUGAGGACGACAAAAGGAAUUCUGGGAAUCUCUAUGAUAAGGCUGGCAAGGUACGAAAACAUGUGUCUGAGCAGGAGAAACCAGAAGAAGGUUUGGGACCAAACAUCAAGUCCAUCGUCACCAUGCUCAUGUUAAUGCUCCUGAUGAUGUUUGCUGUCCAUUGCACCUGGGUCACCAGCAAUGCCUAUUCUAGCCCCAGUGUGGUGCUUGCUUCAUACAACCAUGACGGGUCACGUAACAUCCUGGAUGACUUCAGGGAGGCCUACUACUGGCUGAGGCAGAAUACAGAUGAGCAUGCACGUGUCAUGUCAUGGUGGGACUACGGUUAUCAAAUUGCAGGAAUGGCCAACAGGACAACACUCGUUGAUAAUAAUACAUGGAACAACAGUCAUAUAGCAUUGGUGGGGAAAGCCAUGUCUUCUAAUGAAAGUGCUGCUUACAAAAUCAUGAGGUCCUUGGAUGUGGACUAUGUGCUGAUUAUUUUCGGCGGAGUCAUCGGCUACUCUGGCGACGACAUCAACAAGUUUCUGUGGAUGGUGAGGAUAGCUGAGGGGGAGCACCCAAAAGACAUUAGGGAGAGUGACUAUUUCACCCCUCAGGGAGAGUUCAGAGUGGACAAGGCUGGUUCACCCACUCUGCUCAACUGUCUCAUGUACAAGAUGUCCUACUACCGAUUUGGUGAAAUGCAGUUGGACUUUCGAACGCCGCCGGGCUUCGACCGGACGCGUAAUGCUGAGAUUGGAAACAAGGAUAUCAAAUUCAAACACCUAGAGGAGGCCUUCACCUCAGAGCACUGGCUGGUCAGGAUCUACAAGGUAAAGAACCUUGGCAACAGGGAGCCACUCGACCGCAAGCUUCGCAGCAUCGUGCCCAAACAGAAAUACACCUCCAAAAAGACAGCCAAGAGGAAGCGAGGCUACGUCAAGAACAAGCUGCUCCUGAAAAAAGGCAAGAAAGUACAAAAAAAGUAGAUGAACUCUCAUAGGAAAACAAAUAAAAUGCGACGAAACCUCUGACAAACAAUGAAGAAGAGCACCGGGGUGUGGAUGUCUGUGGCACUUGGGCUCAAGCAUUUGGUUUGUUUUAACAGCACCCCGUGUGGCCAGGAAAGUGAAGUGUCAAAUUCUGGCUCGCUCCGAGAAACCGUUGUCCAUUUUAUCUUGGAGCGGGGUGGGGGGGUGGGGAAUUUAGUCUUGCUUCUUUUCUCCACUUUUUUUGAUUUUGCUAAUUUUAUGCUAACUUUGUAUUUGAAUGUGUGGCAAGGAAUUGGGUUGCUCUGUUGGUGUGUGUCAAUUAAAACUGUUGUGGUACACGAACUAUGUGAUUAUCAGUGUGCGGGGGGUGGGAUGCAGAUGAGGGUAUAGAAAGGGGGGAGGGGGUGUAGCAACAUUUUGCACCAAAGAGCCGUUAACGUGACCUUGCUCCAUGGCACAUGAAAAAAGUGAGGAAGCACCCAGGCCUCGUUCCUGACACGUGUUCACACGAACGUAUGCGGUAUGGAGGGACGUCACCCACCUAUUUGAAUUUACCUUCACAAUCAUCUUCCUCCUUUUUUUUUUCCUGCUUGGUCUCCUCACGCUUCCCUUUCUAAUAAUUUACAAACCAAUUGGCCUAACAUGUAACUAUGUAAAGAUAUAUGUCAAAGUAUAAUAUAUUGCAUUCUUGUGAUUUUUUUUUUUUUUUUUUUUUGUCAGUAUGCAGUCUUAAGUUUUGUUGUUACUGAGUUUUUUAAUUUUUUUUUUUUUUAUAACAGCAAGUAGAUCAGUGAAUGCAAUAAUUCUUGUACAGAGGGCCUUGAGAUUUUGUUAAUGGAUGGAAUGAAUGUGAAUUUUAACAAAGCCACCCACCCCCACUCCUAAAUAGCCUAGAUUGUACAUUUUUGCUGCGCCUGCUUCAAAGAGGUGAGCAACAAUAUGUAAAAAGUAGUUAUGUUAAUAAAUGAGGCCUCCCCCGUUCUGCAGAGGGAGCUUUCUAGUUGAGCGAGUAAGUCCGAGUGGCUCUCGUCGUCGACUCGCGUUUUCUGUCUUCCGUCGUUAAGCUUCGGGAGCAGAGGCCUCGUACGGGGGGGGGGUAACUUGAAUGAUAGUGAAAAUACUGAUGAUGGGGAGUACUUUAGAAGAGUUUAUCAUCUUUCAGUCUUUGCCUUGCCCACUCUCACUUGUAGGGAAACAAAUCACCUUUAAUGUCUUCCACUCCAGAGCUGUCACUUUUUUUUUUUUUUUUUAAUCAUCACUCAUCCGCUCAUUGCUGUUCAAAUGUUGCUGUUUUGGGCCACUUGCAAAGAAUACAGUAAAUAAAUAAACAAAUCAAAAUACAGUGAAACCAUUUGCAUUCGACAUUUGCAAAGUCACGUAUUCAUAUAUAUUUUCGGGGCCCUAUUCUCUGUAAUUUGUUGAUAAAGUCUGCUAUUCACUGAUCUUCUGCUCAUUCCAAAGUUUUUGGCAACAUCUGUUGGCAUUUGUGCGCCAGGCAACUGUUGCAGUAAAUUGUGAAGCUUCAUUUUUGACAAAAGUAAUCCUUUGCCCGCAUCUGUUGGCAAAUACAGUUCAGUGUAAGACUUUAGAGCGAUUACUUGUAAAAUUUUGCAAUUAAUGGGUUCACUUUUUAAGGGAAUUGAGUAAUUAUAUAACCAAAAAUGGUCAUUGCUAUGAAAAUGGUUUUACAUCAAUUAUGUUGGAGUAUUACUAGACUAGAAAAUGUUUAGAAUCAAGUCAAACAAGACAAGUAUUUUAAUUCAAAUUUAGAAAAUCUAGCAUAAAGUUGAAUUUUACAAGAAUAAGAAUGAAUAUAUAUAUAUCUAUAUAUAUAGAUAUAAUUAACAGAGUAGUCUAAAUACCAGGGUGAAUUGGAAAAAAAUUGAGAAUGGGUAAAAAGAAAGUUUGGAUAAUAUUCUUGCAACAUUUUAUUCAACUUUGUUUUAUUAAAAAAUAUAUCUGAGCAGUGUGGCCCAUAAUAGUCACAUUUUCUUGCUAGUUAACAUCAACUAGUCUGAAAUGUCUUAGAAUUGGGAAUGACACAAUUAUCACAUUGUCUUAAAUCUCAUUUGGAUUUUUAUGUUUACUAUCAUGGAAUUACAUAAAGCAACAACAAAAAAAAGUCUCCAUUUGAAGUGAGCGUCAUUAAAGUUCUUCGUUGAAUGGGUGUUUAUCUAUAUAUAUUUUUUAAAACCAACAAUGGUAGUCAAAAUCAAAAUGGCUACUCAGGCCAAUAGCUUGUGUGUUGCAAAAGUCAUCUGUGUUUUAGCAUCACACUCGAAUGGCUCAAUAGUAUAUAAACCCAAAACAGACGCAGCUGGGACCGGCAGUAAGCUUUUAUUUGUAUUUUUUCAAUUUUCAAAAAGACUUAAGGUCUUUUUUUUAUGUUGGCAUGUCUGAACAGCAAAGGAGAUACUCGACAUGCACACCUCAGCUUUUGGUUCCCUCGGAUCUGAAAUGCAUCAGACUGAUGUGGUCAUUUUGUCACAACUGUACGACUUGUAUUUUUUUUCUUUGCUCACCAGGGUUCCUUAGUGCUCUCCCCAUGUUUCUGAGGCUUUCUCACCACACUUCUUCUUGGUUUGCUUUCAAGAGGAGCAUUCUGAUAAAGCCUUAAUGUGAUGUGAAUAUGCUUACCCUCCUGUUUUUAGGAUAGUGAAAACAAAACUUUUUUUCUUUCUUUUUUUUCCCGCUCAGUGCUGUUUGUUGCUCACACAUUUUGAUUUUCUGUCGGAUUGUUUGCCUGACUCAAUUCCCCUAGGCUCUUCUUUUCAUGUUUGGCAUUUACACUGUUGCUCUGUUUGUUCAGUCAUCUUUAAAUAUACACUUAAAUUAAACCUUCUGUGUUGUCAUUGUGGGCCUCCAUCCAAGACGUGCAACCACAGCAUUCCUCCAAAUAUUUCCUUGCAGGUUUAGUGCAGUGCAGUUAUUUCUGCAGUGGGUGGCAGCAAUAACCCUCGGAUGACUGAACACUUAACAGACUGAUGAGUCGAUGUUGGGCUUUUCCCCAUAAUGUCACUUGUUUGGAGUUUCCUGGCAUUUAUUAAAAUAGCUAAUUAUUAUUGAAGCAUCUGAAAACAUCUUAGUGCUUUCACGGGCUUCCGCAACUUCAAGGUGUAAAACUACUUUAAUGUAAUGUAAUGUAAUUGAUCAAUCAAAAGUUUAUCAAGUAGUUUAACAAAAUUCACCACGGCCUGAAAUGUUGGAAUUUUUUUUAAAUAUUGCACAAUGUUUUUUUUUUUUUUUUUUGCAGGAAGGCUUUUGAUAACACUAUAUGGUGGAAAAUGUAUGCUUAUCUUCCUACCAUUCUUCAGGAAGCAUGAAAAUGUCUGAAGGUUAUUUUUGUGGUGUUGCCGACUUCCUGCUUCGGUAUUUCGAUCAAAGACAUAGUGACCUCUGGUGGCUCUUUGCAGCAUUACACAAUUCAAGUGCAAUAAUGUACUUGCUCGAAAAAACACCGAUUUAAAAUUGCUUUUACAUACACACAUAAAUUAAGUAUACAACACGUUUGAAAAUAUUUUUAAAAAUCGGUAAAUUGUAAAACAACUGGGUUGAAUAUAACCCUAACGAUAAUGUAACCACAAUUUUUUUUACUAUCAUCGUUAGGGCACCCAAAUUUAAGAUGCUGUGUUAUGAUGUGGAUUAUUAUUUAGAUCAGGUAGAUGGUUGUUGGGCUUAAAUAUAUUCAAAAUCGGGAGCUGUGUCGAUCACUUUGGUUUCCCCGCCGCUGUAGGUGAACUCCAGGGUUCACCCUGCACUUUACACACAAUCGUGUUGGUCGGAUUGUGUUUUACCUCUGCAGUCACUCUACGACCGACACACAACUGUCAGUAAAACUUCAUGAAAGAGGAAAAAUAAAAAA